CAGUAGGCCAAACAAACUCUGAAAUUUUCUUUCUUUCUACAAUUUUCAUCGAGCUGAGUUGCAAAUUUUUCUCAAGUGACAGUGAAAAGUGUAAAUUAUUAAAAACGGUCAAGCGCUAAACGUUGUGAGAGCGGUAGCGAACAUACGCAUGUCGCUGCCUCCCGAGGACACCGAUUUGUCCACUAAUUCCGCACACGAAUACGCACUCCAGAUCGGGAGCAAUGUAUCGGCAGUCCGAGUAGUCGGUUCGGCAGUAGGACAGCGAUUUUCGCCGUCGCCAGAAGCUCAUCCGAACGUGAUUGAGCGCUUCGUCUCUAAUGCGGAAACACGCCGCAGCACGAUUCCAAGUUGGGAAAACUCGCCAGUAGCGCCGAGUAGAUCGGAAGAAGCAGCACCCAACGCCGCAGCGGCACAACUCCUUUGGGCGGAGAAUCAAGGCCUCGCGACAUCGCACUUAUUGCCAACUGAACCGACUUUCGAGACAUUGAACACCAAUGCGUACUCCUCGCCACCAGGGGAUUCACGAUUUACGUUCCCGAACCAGAACUACUCGCCGCUGCUGCCGCGGUGUGUCCCAGUUCCGAAUCAGCGUUACUCUCCAUCUGGAUCGCCAAUACACCAACUCCAUGAGCUGCAAAACUGUCCAUUGAUAGAUUCGCCGCUAAGACUGCCACCAAGACUGCCUGAAACUGUACCCAAGAAGGUACCAACACCGAGCAUCAGCCGUACAGUUGAUGCACUGAUCGACCUUGACCAAAACGAGCUGGUCAUACAUUACAUCCAGCAGUACAACAAUGAGCCAGUUCUAUAUCAACAAAACCUAGGAUCGGGAUUCCAUGUAUACUAUCAGGCACCUGAGGAUAAUCAACCGAUUGUAUUACAUAUCGUGGAGCACAAUCCUCAGAUUAUAACUGAGAGCCAGGAGCAAACCAACCAGAUUGUCCCCGAAAUACAAAUCAAUAAUAUCCAGGAGCAAACCCACCAGAUUGUCCCCGAAAUACAAAUCAAUAAUAUCCAGGAGCAAGACCAGAAACUUGAAAAUGGCCUCCCGGAACGAAACCAUCCGAUUGUAACUGAAGCUCAGGAUCAAAACCAACAGACAUUAACCGAGAUCCCAGAGAAAUGUCUUCAGCUUGCAUCUCCUGUCAUUACUGAUAUACAGGUACAGAGUCCUCAGGAUGUAAUAGAGAUCCAGGAGCAAAAUCACCAAUCUGUAACUAAGAUCCAGGAGGAAGUACACCAGACUGCCCCCGAAAUCCAGGUGAAAAUUUUCGAGAUCUCAUCUGAUAUUCAAGAGCAAAAUCGACAGUUUGUAACUGAGGAACAAAAUCAUCAAACUAUAACCGAGAUCCAGGAGGAUUAUCUCCCGAUUCCUGCUGAGAUUCAGGAACAAGACCAGGAUAAUAACGUAACCGAAGUUACGGAGCUUGCAUCUCCUGUUGUUACUGAUAUACACGUACAAAGUCCUCAGUGCGUAAUCGAAAUCGAUGAUGAAGAUGAUAAAGAUUUAAAGUUUGCAUCUGGUGAUCAGGAGCAACAUCUGAAUACUAUAUCUGAAAUCCACGAGAAAAUACAACAAAGUCCUCAGUUCGUAAUCGAGAUCGAUGAUGAAGAUAUUGAAGAUUAUAAGCUCGCAUCUAAUAAUCUGGAGCAGCAUCUGCACACUAUACCUGAAACCGAGGAGAAAAAACAACAGAUUGCCAACGAAUUCUCGGAGAAAAUUCUCCACCUUGCUCCUGAUAUCUCCGAGCACAAUCAACAAACAUCCGAGCUCCAAAAGGAAGGUCUCCAGUUCGAUUCUGAAAUCGAGAAGCGAGAUCUGCAGAUUGUCACUGACACUCACAAACAAAAUCAUCAAAAUGUAACCGAGAUCCAGGAGGAAAGUUUCCGGUUAACGUCUGAUGCACAGAAACCAGAUCAGCCGACCGUAGCUAUUGAAAUCCAGGAAAAUGCGCAGUUCGCAUCUGAUAAUCAAGACCAAGAAGUGCAGACUGUAACCGAAAUUCACGAGCUUUCGAGGGUCCAGUUUGUAACUGACAUCCAGGAGCACGCCCAGAAUCUCCAGCUCGCAAAAUACCUCCGGGAGCAAAACCAGCAGAUAACAGCUGAAGACCAACAACAAGAGCAACAUUACCUGAAUUUUCCAGAGAUCCAAGAGCAAAGUGCACAGCUUGCAUCCGAAUUCGAAGGGGACAAACAAAAGCUGGCAUCUCAGUUUCUGAAGGGGAACCAACAAUUUCCAUUCAAGCUCCAGCAGCAAGAUCAGCUGAGUGUGCCAGAGAUCCAGAAGCAAAGCCACCAGUUCGAAUCUAAGGUCAAAAAGAAGAAGUUGCAGCCCUUUUCUGAAUACCAGCAGAAAGGUCAGCAACUAUCUGAUCAUAUCGAAAAUAGGCAGAUAAUUCAGCAGGAAUUCACCAUCCACUCUAACCAGGUUUAUUCUAAGGUCCAGUAUAUACAAACUAUACAAACUUCGCCUCCGCAGGAGAACAACAGUUUUGAGGUCCAACCAGCAAACGAGGUAAACGAAUUCCAACGGGACGGAGAACUGAAUAUUUACCCAGGCCGCCAGUAUCAGAACUUUGUUGUUGAGGGUGCGACACCAUUACCGCACGCUGAAGCUCAACCAGGACCGCAGGAGAACAACAGUUUUGAGGUCCAACCAGCAAACGAGGUAAACGAAUUCCAACGGGACGGAGAACUGAACCCAGGCCGCCAGCAUCAGAACUUUGUUGUUGAGGGUGCGACACCAUUACCGCACGCUGAAGCUCAACCAGGACCGCAGGAGAACAGUUUUGAGGUCCAACCAGCAAACGAGGUAAACGAAUUCCAACGGGACGGAGAACUGAAUAUUUACCCAGGCCGCCAGCAUCAGAACUUUGUUGUUGAGGGUGCGACACCAUUACCGCACGCUGAAGCUCAACCAGGACCGCAGGAGAACAGUUUUGAGGUCCAACCAGCAAACGAGGUAAACGAAUUCCAACGGGACGGAGAACUGAAUAUUUACCCAGGCCGCCAGCAUCAGAACUUUGUUGUUGAGGGUGCGACACCAUUACCGCACGCUGAAGCUCAACCAGGACCUACUCCAGAAGAUAUAUCAGACUCUGUUUCACUUGAGCAUGGAGAGCCGAACACCAUUUGUAUUCGCAAUACCUUCCAACUAAUUCGAGAGAUCUCUGAUAGUCUGGUGGCCGAUCCAGAACAACCCGAAGCCGCAAACCACCGGCUGUCACUUUACCUUCUGCGCAAGAAGCUGGCCGAUGUGUGCCAUAAGGUUCUAACCGAAGCUAUACAAGGCCGGGCCACCGAUCAGUGCAUCACCAUUCUGAGAGAGAUUCUCGAGCAAACUAAGGAAUUAAGACCACGCCCCCAACGCCCCACGAAGGAUAUCGAGUUCCAAAAAGAAAUUUCGAUGGGCUUAGAAAUAUUGAAAAAGAUCCGUGGUAUGUUAUCCGGUUGGUAUACUUCCAGAGAAAGCGAAACUGACUCCAGGGAGACCGGAACGGGAUUCCAGGCUCAAAACGGAAAAGGUCGUGGUGCCGGCCGCCAACCGGAAAAUAGUUAUUUAUCACAGAAAAGACGUAACCAAGAAGAGAAUCCUCGUCUAGUCAAGUACCGCCGUGUGGACAACAGCUUUCCCCGCUUGAUAACGAACGAGACGGCCGAGGACCUGAUUCCCAACAACUCCAUGGCCGAGCGGGAUAAGCCACAGAGCUCAAAGCGGCUCUCAAUAUUUAAUCCGCCGGUAUACACGCAGCACCGGGUGCGCAAUGAAGCCCCCUACAUACCCACCCCAUUUGACGAUGAGGAGUCGUCACAGAGAUUUGCUAACGCCGGGCCAUCAUCCAGGCCCAUGACUUACUCGGAUGCGGUGCGUCUAGGCCAGAAUGGCAUCGCCGAGUCGCGCGUAAAUGGGCACUCCAGCCAUUCGGUGCGCAGCGCAUCGGCUCGGGUGCAGGGAAGCAUUCUGCUGCACGAGAUAAACCGCAAGGAUCAAGAGCAGUAUACCGAUCUUAUCCGUACCGCAGCCCAAAGUAAUUCCAUGGGCAGUCGCUGCGUCAAACCGGGUACCCCGCCGACGUUUCAGCGGGCUAAAGCUCAGUCGGCAACCGGGAGCGGUUAUUACUUACUGCAUGACAACCAAUCAAAUAUAAGGAAUUCGCAUCCGCCGUCACAUGGACAUGCGAACCGUGAGCUAACGGAGUACGCCAAAUUGAUCAGCCGCCAGGACGAGAACAGGGCUCCAACACCACAACAGCCGAAGCGAAACGCUAGCAAUAGCUCUGCCAGCCACUCGUCCACUACUUCCAGCAGCGGAUCUUCCUGCAGCACUUGUUCAACUUGCUCGACUUCUUCUGACUCUGAGCCAAAGUCGGCUAAAGAUAGCUCAGAGGUCAAGGAAGCCAAGGAAGCCAACGAAACCAACAAAACCAAUGAAACCAACGUAACCAUGAAAAUUGAGGCACCUCAACCUCAACCACAACCUCAACCACCUACCAGACUCACCAAAAUAGGCUCAUUGCAACAGCGUUUUGCCAACUGUGUGUUCCUACGGGAUGACUUUGCGGAAACUUUCAAAGCAAGAGCGAUUCGCCGACAAGGGGCAUCCAUGCAUCUGCUGGGCAUAGCCAAAGAACAAGCUAGUGUCAGCACAGAUGAACGCAUUGCUUAUGAAAAGAAACUACGGGAAAUCAUGUUCCGGUCUGGUACCCCCCACCGGCCCUUUUUUGAAAUCGGGCCAGUGGACCAGCCAGAUGAGAACAAUGAGACCAAGUUCAUUUCGCUAACACAGGAGCACUACGUUCGCUUUCGCGAACUGACAACUUCUCCCAUUACGAAGAACGUAAUUUUCAAAUAUAACCUACAAAUAACUACCGACGACAUGUUCACGUUUUCUGAUGGGGAAUGGCUUAACGACGUGAUCAUCAACUUUUACAUGUCCAUGCUGACAGAACGCUCGGAGAAGCGAGCUGGCGAACUUCCUGCCGUUUACGCCAUGAACACAUUCUUCAUGCCCCGUCUCCUGCAAGCUGGGUAUUCAGGCGUUAAGCGCUGGACUCGCAAAGUGGACUUGUUCAGCAAGGAGAUAAUUCCGGUGCCAGUGCACUGUGGCAACGUCCACUGGUGCAUGGCCAUCAUAAACUUGCCGAAACAGACAAUCCACUAUUAUGACUCAAUGGGAAGGCCAAACCAACCGGUGCUUGAUGCUCUAGUAAACUAUUUGAAAGCAGAGUCACUAGACAAGCGCUAUAAGCCGUUGAAUGUCACCGGUUUCGUUGUCGAGCACGCACAGAAUAUACCACGUCAAGGAAAUAGCAGCGAUUGCGGCGUCUUCAGCUGCAUGUUCGCCGAGUAUAUAACGCGAAAUGCUCCGAUUACCUUCUCUCAGGCGGAAAUGCCUUACUUCCGCAAGAAGAUGGCUAUGGAAAUCGCCGGCGGAGAGUUGUGGCAGUAGGCCACCAAUCACACAGCUAAGCAAAAAAUUAAGUUAUUUUUCAAAAUUGUACGUACACACUCCAAGCAUGAAUUCGCAACAAGUACUUAGCCAUCUAACGAACUCGUUUAUUAGAUAGAAUCGAGAUGGCUGAGACCCUUGCUGGUGCAUUAACUUGUUCUCAUAUCUGAUUGUAACAGAGAAUCUAUUUCUUCAAUAAAAUGUCACCAAGUAAAAUCGCUGCGAAUAAGGAUGUAUUAAUCGCCGAAUA